AACCCUCAGGUAGCCUGCGCGGGCAACCAAUACCUCACCACUUCACGAUGAGACGACAUAACACACUUCAUGCUUUUCUCUUGAUCACACUAUUCACCCUACAAUGCUGUGUCCCCUCCUCCACUGCAGGCUGUUCAGGCUCCAGCUCAGCUGUUUUGUCUGCAUUGCUGCCACUACACGCGGGAGAAGACUGCUCACAACUACAACUCAGAGGCUUGCAACAGUUGGCUGCACUGCGGGCGGUUGUUAGUGAUGUCAACAACGAACUGAAGGCCCAAGAUGGACUCACUAUUGGGCUAUUGGUGCAGGACACCUGUUCUUCACCAGAAGGUGCCAUGAAGGCAGCCCUUCGCACUCUGGUUGACAUUCAACAAACCUGCUCCAACCCGCCUCUAUACCUCGGUAUGGUUGGACCGGAGGACUCAGAUUCUCUGUCUAAGGUGAAAGCUGUCUCCAGAGUUUUCAAUGCGACCCACGUUGUGCCGUUCUUCCACAGUGUAGCCAAGGAGUCUGAAGAAGACAGUGUCUUCUACGUCAGUAUGGAACGGCUCAAGGAACAAGCCCAGAGCCUGCUGGCCAUAGUGAAGAAGCUGAACUGGCAAAGUUUCUCCUUAGCAUUUGAAGAGCCGAUGUCUGAGCUGGCAGAAAUCCUGAUCCAUGCUGUCAAGGAGGACAGCUCAGUGUGCGUGAAGGGGUCUGUGUCUAGGAUGCAUGUGCAGGCUGCGGUCCCCAACAUUUUUGGUGGUAGCCAGGAUGGAGUUGUAGUUCUAGCAGACUCUCACCAGAUGGCAGCUAAGGUGCUCCAGUCUUACCAAGCGCUGACAACUCCUCUGAUAUUGAUGGUUCGCACGGCAGGACUAGAGGCGUGGCAGGUACCUAGGUCUGCCUCCAAGAUGUACCUCAUGCAGCAAAUCAGCGCAUCAGACGAGAAUGUUCCGCAAACUUUGAACACAACACUGAUGAGCCAAUAUGAGGCCCAGAAACAAGCAGAGUUCAAAAUCCAUUGCAAAGAUAUCACCAACGCAGCUGAUUGUGCUGUUGAGAGUAACACCCAGGACGCCUUGUUGGAGAACAUUGAUGUAUCUGCGACCGGGAUGGCCAACGCUGUCCGUUUGAUAGGCUCGGCGCUGCGUACGUCCCAUCGUGCUCGUUGCCUGGCAGGCAGCUCUCCCGUGUUCGGCAUGUGCGCCAAGCUGCUGGCUCUACCAUCUGGUGAAUGGCACUCGGCGCUGCGCCGGGCCACAGCUACCACCAAGCAACCUGACAACACCAGAGUGAGAUUCCUCAUGGAGCUUCCUACCAGCUUCAGCAUCUACAGCAGGGACAACAACGAGGGAAAUCUAGUCAAGGUGGCCUCUCUUACGGCAGGCACUCUGAAACAACUGGCCGGCUACAAUUUCCCCGCAAUGCAGCACGCUGCGAAUCUAACAUCUUGUGGAGAAACCCCCAAGAUCCCCAUUGCCCCACCACCCAUCGUCAUAGCUGCCCCGCCACCAGCCGGUGAGUACACUGAGGGUCCGACCCUGAGGGACCUCUACACCUCCGAGUACUCCUUCUACGAGCUCGUAGGAAUGAUCUGCGGCGUUGGCUUCAUCAUGUUCGGUGUCAUGGUGGUCAUAAUCUACGUCAUCUACAACAACCUCGUGGAGAAGACGGAAAAGGAAAGCACCGGUGGAAGUUUAGAGUCCGUACCUGCUAGGGCCGCUAGGCCUACCACUCGGGACCGUGCUUCCAGAGCCGCACGAGGACUGCGGGACACCUUCCGUCGGAACUCCUCCGUCCGAUCCUCAACACACUCUUAAUCGCAGAUUUUGAAACACACAUUCAUUCACCAUUGUCAUCUAAGAAACUAUUGAGAAAAUACAAAAAAAUAGAAACUUAGAAAAUAAGAAAAUAAAGUGAAACUACUUGUUGUUAAGCUCUAGUUGUUCGAGGAAUGAAAAAUAUACUGUUGACUUAGAGAGUGAUGUUUGCUGAAUAAAACAGGUAUUGAAGUCAGAGCAACUAUAACAUAAUGUGAUUAGUAUGUAUUAUUGUAAGUUUUCAGUAAAUACAAUUUGUAAUUCAUUGUUUUAUUAUAAUAUCAGUUACUUCCAUGUAAAUUAUGGUUAUACAGUUUUAAGACAUUUAUUUUUGGCAUACAAUUAUAUAUUUUUACUCAUGACUUUUUUCUAAAUUAGACUAUUAGGAAGGUUUUAUACUUAUUUACAAAAAUAAAUAAAUAUGACUAAGAUCAGAUUGUGUUUACUGAUA